AUGGCUUCGUUGGUCAAUGUUUUGUUGCGAAAAUCCGCUAGUUUUAGCGGUUCUAAAGGUCUUUUAAAGAAUAUACCCGCAAUUUACAAUGUGAACCAAGACCGCAAAGGCCAUAGAUGGAUGCCAGAUUUGCAUUUCAUCAAGCAAUUUGAGGGUCCUGUUAUGUUUGCUGAUGAAUUGGGCGUGCCUUUAGCACAUCCUCCUUAUCAUGGUAUUGUUACCCCCACUGAAAAACAAGUGAAGAACAUGAUCAUCAACUUUGGUCCCCAGCAUCCAGCUGCUCACGGUGUACUGCGGCUUGUACUUGAAUUGGAUGGAGAGACAGUUCGCGGUGCCGACCCUCACAUUGGUCUCCUCCACCGUGGUACUGAGAAGCUCAUAGAAUACAAGACAUACACCCAAGCGUUACCCUACUUUGAUCGCCUGGACUAUGUAUCUAUGAUGUGCAAUGAACAAUGCUACAGUCUUGCAGUGGAGAAAUUGCUCAACAUUGAUAUUCCUUUGAGGGCUAAAUACAUAAGAACUCUCUUUGCGGAAAUAACUCGCAUCUUAAAUCACAUAAUGGCUGUUGGAACUCACGCCUUGGAUGUGGGAGCGCUAACCCCCUUCUUCUGGCUUUUCGAAGAGAGAGAGAAAAUGAUGGAAUUUUACGAGAGAGUCAGUGGUGCUAGGAUGCACGCGGCUUACAUACGUCCCGGUGGUGUUUCUUUGGAUAUGCCCCUCGGAUUGAUGGACGAUAUUUACGAGUUCUCGAGCAAGUUCGCCGAGCGGCUCGACGAAGUUGAGGAUGUUCUCACGACAAACAGGAUUUGGGUGCAGCGGACCAAGGAUAUUGGUAUUGUCACUGCACAGGAUGCACUUAAUUAUGGAUUCAGCGGUGUCAUGUUACGCGGUUCGGGCAUCAAAUGGGACCUGCGUAAGACUCAGCCGUACGACGCGUACCAUCUGGUGGACUUUGAUGUACCUAUCGGCACCAAUGGAGACUGUUAUGACAGAUACCUGAUCCGCGUGGAGGAGAUGCGUCAGUCGCUGCGCAUCAUCGAGCAGUGUCUCAACCAGAUGCCGGCUGGCGAGGUCAAGACGGACGAUGCCAAGCUGACACCGCCAUCUAGGGAGGAGAUGAAGACCUCCAUGGAAGCCUUAAUCCACCACUUCAAGUUAUUCACACAAGGCUACCAAGUCCCCCCUGGCUCCACUUACACGGCCAUAGAGGCUCCUAAAGGCGAAUUCGGAAUUUAUCUAGUGUCCGACGGUGGUUCAAAGCCUUAUAGAUGCAAAAUCAAAGCACCCGGCUUCGCUCAUCUCGCAGCUCUAGAAAAAAUUGGCAAGAACCUAAUGUUGGCGGAUAUCGUAGCAAUCAUCGGAACACUCGACGUCGUGUUCGGAGAAAUCGACAGAUAA